CGGAAAGAAGGUUACAAGUUGCAGCUCAGCAGGCGAUGAACAUAGAAUCAACUAGUCACCAAAUCAGAUAAAACGUUUCUAUACGCAAAAAUAUCGAUGGGGAUGUUGCCCCAAUACUAUCUCUGGCUUCCACGUAAGAUCAAGAAGAUACUGCUAUAUCGGUUCCUAUUUGCCACAUUACUCUGCUCAUGGCUGGAUUAUCAGAUGCUGACGAUAUUCUUAACCGUCAAUUUGUUUGAGGUGAGACGUCCAUUGGAUUCCCUAACUGAAAUCCUGGGAUGGACUCUGUUUUCGGUGUAUUCCUCGGUACUAUUGAUUCUCAUACGAUUGAGCACGAUGGGGUUUGGCUUGGUAUUAUGCCACAUACAUUAUGUCGCUCCCCGAUGCUUCAGAUACAAUCUAUUGAGGAUAUCUUAUGAGUUCCCUAUAAGGUUUUGCCUAAUUUCAUCGAUACUUUCUACAACCAUUGCUAGCAGCUGGCUUUAUGCAUCCUUUGUGGACUUGAACAAUGGGAAUUACUUGCUGGGAGGGUCCUGGUAUUACCUCAUGACCUUUGGCUGCUUUUGUGGGAUUUCCUAUUAUCAUAAGAGCCAUAAGAGAUCUCUGCGAAGAUUCCCAUUGCCCAUCGUGCAUUUGAAUAUGAAGGAGUGUCUGCUUCAAAUCUGGCGUCACCACUUCAAGAGUUCUGCUAAAGCGGCUUUCGUUCCAACAAUAUUAUUUGCUCUGAUCUAUUGGCCAACCAUGGGUUUACUGGAUACUACUGAAUUAGGCGGAGUGAGCACUGGAUGUUUUGUUAUUAUAACGCAACCCCAAAGACUUUUCCAAGCUUGGUUGCUAGCCAUCCUGAUCUCGGCCAAAUUGCAUAUAGUUCGGGAACUUUAUGGCCUGAUUAUGCAGCGCCCACUAUCACUGAUUUGCGAUUUAAGAGACCUGCACGAGUAUAUAGAUAUCAGUCUAUUUAAUCUGAUAUGGGAGCGCUUCCAAUACUUUAUCUGCAUCAUGCGAAUGAAACCGAUGCCCAUUAAUGCGCAGCGCUAUAACCUUUCAUUACCAACAGCCAUGGCUCUGGACACAGCGGAAAUCUACGGCUUUCAAUUGUUGGCAGCCCGUGAUUUUUAUGCCGCCAUGUCGGGCAGCUUGUGCAAUGAACUGUUUGAAAAACAAUUUGGCCAAAGAAAUCGAUAUUGGAAUGAGUUACGCGACGUUAUAAUGGGAAUGCUAGAUCGAUUUCUGGCCAGGAUGGAGUCCUGUUUGGAGCCAGCUCCGCGCAUUAAGGUCAGCCAUUUGCUGAAGAAGCCAAGAAUUCGUUCGUUGGUGAAACCAACUCCUCCGCCACUACGUCUUUGUGCUAUAUGUCGACGUUUUCCAAGUUGUCAGCCACCGGAGAAAACUUGGUGUUUCUGUAACCAAAGGAAAUACCUCUAUGAUAGGAUCCAGAGCUGCCGGAAUGGUUUAUGGGAUAUAUUGCCAGUUGUUCCGCAGUACUAUAGCUUUCUGUACGAACUAGAUCCUCUGGCCAAUCUCAAUCAUGAGCUGCGGUGUGGAGAACCUCUAGUUUGGAUCCUUCAAGGACUUGUCACCAUGUGCGUAAGAUUCUUGAAGGAAGACAAAUUCGGCUACAUUCAGAACGAUCUGGAACGCAUUGUGGUGUAUUUAUUGAAGGUGGAGGAAAAGCUGAUCGCGGCUAAGGAAAUGCAGGUGCGGGGAAAACUGUGCUCCAGCCAUGAUCAUUUUAUGAUGGCCAUAAACCGCUGUUUAUACAAAAUUCUGUUUACGUUUGGCCCGCAUUUGGACCUCAUUAUCGAUGACAAUAAGUUAAGAAAUACGUUUGGAAGGAGAAUGGAGUUGCUACCCUGAGUUUACU